AUGCUGCGGAGGUUGGUGCGCCGUUUCAACGAGGAAGGUGGAGCUGGAGCAGGAGGCGAUGCCGCCGCCUCCUCUUCGCAGAAUGGGGGUACCUCGACAAACGCCGUGACCGAAAUCGAGCUGGAUAUUGACAGCGGAGAGGAUGAAACUGAGCGCUGGAUAAUGGAAGCAGGAACCUCAAGUGGGUUGACCGGGGGCUUUGGCCGCGACGCUAGAGCGAGCGGUCGCCGCGUAUGGUUGCCCGACAAAGCGGCGGUGUGGAGGAUGGCCGAGGUCGUGUCCGAGAGUGCGGACGGGAGCUCAUACACCGUGCUGGCCAAAGACGGAAAGCGGGAGACCGAGAUUUCUCUGGGAGAUUGCGCGGACUACGACCCCAGCCACGCCCUAGACCUAGACGACGCGUCGCGCAUGAACCAGAUGCACGAGGCACCGCUUCUCGAUCUUCUCCACAGGCGGUUCCGAGCCAACUCCAUCUACACCAAUGUGGCCGACGUGCUGGUGUCGAUCAACCCGUACACGGAUAUCCCUGGUCUCUACGAUAUCCCCAUGCCGGUGGUUAAGGCCGCACCAGGGGUGCUGCCAGGUCUGAACGUGAGCGUCCGCGGGCCGUCCGCCGGCGGUAGAGUGGCCGAGCGGAGCGCGGCCUUGAUGCGAGAGUUUAAGGAAGGGCAGGACGACCGUCAUCGGAACAAGAGAGGCAACGGGAAGAGAGCCAAAGAGCCGGACGCAAAGUCCAAGCUGACGGCCCUGAAGAGCAUGCUUGGAAAGCCGCACGUGUAUGGCGUGGCGGAUAGGGCGUUCAAGUACAUGUCCGAAACCAAGGGAAGGGAAGUGGACGGGCGCGUCCGUCGCCGCAACCAGUCCAUCCUCAUCACCGGGGAGUCGGGCGCGGGGAAGACAGAGGCCUCCAAGCACGUCAUGAGGUUUCUCAUCACCGCAAGCCGGGCGUUGGCGGGGACGGCGCCUGCCCCUCCCCGCGCCCAGGGCUACGCCGUGGCUGGAACUCCGGUAGCCGGCACUCCUAAGGCGUACGGCGUAGCAGGUACUCCGACGGGCGGCCGGAGCGCUCCAGGGUUCUGGAGGUCUCCCGCUGUGGCUACCACGGCAGCCGGAGCGGCGAAGCACAUGGAGGACGUGCUGCUCAGGAGCAACACCGUGCUGGAGGCCUUCGGCAACGCCAAGACCGUGAGGAACGACAACUCCAGCCGAUUCGGCAAGUACAUUAAGCUGCAGUACGACCACGACUUCCGUCUCGUGGGGGCGAGGACCGAGCACUUCCUGCUGGAAAAGUCCAGGCUCGUGCACCUCGAAGAGAGCGAGCGAAGCUACCAUAUCCUCUACCAGGUGGCAAAGGCCUUGCCGAUGGCGGACAAGGAAGCUUUUCAUCUCCAAGGCGGUGCGGAGUGCUUUUCCCUCCUGACCCAGGGGAACCGUCUCGUGGCCUCGGACGAUGUGGAUGACCACGAGGAGUUCCAUGCCGUGGACAAGGCGUUAUCCUCGCUCGACUUUACCGCCAACGACAAGACAGAUAUGUGGCGGCUGCUCGCGGCUAUCUUGCACAGCGGCGAAGUCAGUUUCGAGGACGUCUCCGGCAAGGAGCAGUGCCGCAUCUCCAAAGUCGGGCGCUGUACGAGCAUAUCCCCGGCCAACCUGGCGGCCCUUUGGGGAGUGGACGAGGAGGUGUUCGAGGAAGGCGUGAUGAGGAGGACGGUAACCGCCGGAGGAACCAGCGCAUCCGUCGCGCUUAACGCUGCUCAGGCGAAAGAGAAUCUUCUCGCCUUGCUGAAGCACAUGUACCGCCAGCUAUUCGCUUGGAUCAACUGGAAGAUCAACGUGGUCUUUGACGCCCCGAAGAAAGCGGUGGGCGAAGCAGGGGCUGGGGCCAAGAGGACGUUCAUCGGCAUCCUCGAUAUUUUCGGUUUCGAGAUCAUGGCGACGAACAGCUUCGAGCAGCUGUGCAUCAACUUCGCCAACGAGGUCUUGCAGCGGCAGUUCAACCACCACAUCUUCGUGCUGGAGCAGGAAGAAUACGGUGAGGAGGGUCUGGAUGUGGGGUCAAUCCCUUUCCGCGACAACCAGAAAAUCAUUGACCUCAUCGCCAAGAGGCCGGCGGGUCUCAUGCCGAUCCUCGAAGACCAGGCCUUGACCGGGAGAAAGGCGGCGUCGAUUACAUCCUCCUUCACCGACAAGAACCUGCUGGACCUCUUCCACCAGCAGCACCACAGAAAGGCCCCCCACCCGUGCUACAGAAAACCUCGCUUCGACGGACCGGAGUUCGUCAUCAUGCACUACGCAGGAAACGUGACAUACACCGCGACGGGUUUCCUCGAGAAAAACAACGACACCCUGCAGGAGGAUCUGAGGGGGCUGCUCCUUUCCAGCCGAAUCCCCUUCCUCCGACAGCUUAUCCUUGGCGAGAACGGCGUGUUUAACAAGGCUCAGGGCACCAGCACCGCCGACGAAGACCACGCCAACGACAACGACCCGAUCACGUCCAACACCCCCGCCCACGGCGGCGUGUCCAACGGCCCCAACGGCAAGGUGAACACUGGCCAACGCUUGCACGGUCGCCAGACGCCUGGCGUUGGAGAUCGCUCUGUCCCCUUUGCUAACUCCACGGCUGUCUCAAAGAGGGCCAUGUUCGCGUCCGGCGGCGGCGGCGGCGGCGGCGGCGGCGGCUCCGGAGUCUUGCCUGCUGAAGAGGGCGGCGGCAGUGGUGGCGGGCGGAGGGGGGGGAUGGGCAAGAAGGCGGCGUUUGCGAGGAUUGCAGCCAAGUCCACCGUGUCGAACGCGUUCCGAAGCCAACUGGACGACCUCGUCGCCCAGUUAAGGGAGACAGAACCGCACUACAUCAAGUGCAUCAAGCCCAACUCCGACAAAGCCCCGGGGGGUUGGACGAGUUCCCUCGUCAUCGAGCAGCUCCGAUACUCAGGGGUCCUUGAGGUCGUCCGCAUUCGUCGGGAGGCUUUCCCUAUGAGGGUCACCUACAAGCAGUUCUACCGCCGCUUCGGAACCCUCCUGGUCUCCAAGGACAUGCCUACCGCCGAUGACGUCACUUCCGCGAAGGCCAGAGAAGUGGGUCUCGGCGUCUGUAAGGCAGUGUUCGGGGAGAAAGAGGCCGGCUCGUCUUUCCAGAUGGGCAAGACCAAAGUAUUCCUCAGGGACGACGGCCUAAAGCGCUUGAGGGCGGCGCUGAGGCUGCACUACUUCACCAUCGCCAGCAAGAUCCAGGCCCUGUGGAGGGGUUCGCUAGCAAGAGCGAAGAUUGCGAGGCAGAGGGAAGCGGCCAAGAAGCUGCAGAAGCUUGCCCGGGGCAACAUGGCCAGGAGGAGAUACCGGGAAGCCCAGCGGGCGGCCAAGGCGAUACAGGCAUUGGCCAGGAUGCAGCAGGCGAGAGCACUCGUCGCCCGGCAGCAGGUGUCGGUCGUGAAGAUGCAAGCAACAUGGCGAGGAUGGAGACAGAGGGAAUGGCGAAAGAGGGAAGCUAACGCCACUCGUCUGCAAGCGGUGGCCAGGGGCUUCGUCACGAGGAAGAGGCGAGAGAGGAUGGAGGCGGCCGCCACCCUCCAGGCAGCAUGCAGAGCCAAGGCCGCCCGAAAGGAGGUAGCCAUCCUAAGAAAGAGAAAGAGAGUGAGAGAAGAAACGGCCUCUACUCGCAUCGCGGCUGUCUGGCGCGGGAAGUCUGAACGUUUGUACGGGGCGCGACGGAGGGCGAAAGAGCGCCAGGCCCAAACCAGAGUGUGGGCCUUGCGGGAGGAGUACCUUCAGGAGGAGGCGAUGGCUUGCCGGGCGCAAAGGAGCCUUCGGGCCUUCCUGAGGAACAGGCGCCUUCGAGACGCGUCUAUCCAGGUCUUCCAGGCCGCGCGGUCGGGAGACGUUCCUACCGUUGCACGGCACUUGAGCGAAUGGCCGGCUCUGUUGUUUCUGCGCGAUCGACAUGAUGGUGAUGCUCACGCCGGGAUGGCGGAGGGAGGAGCAGAGAAAAGGGUUCCCAGCUAUUCUACGUUGCUGCACGCCGCCUGCCAGGGGGGUGCCAUUGAAGUGGUCGCCCUCUUGGAGCCGUUCUUGUCCGAGAUCACCGACAAGGACCGCUGGGGCAACACCGCCGUACACGUCGCCGCCGCAGAGUGCAACUACGACCUGCUCAAGUUCUUGGCUCAUCGGGCGAACCUGGAAGUCAGAAAGGCGGUUCGCGCGGCGGCGAGAGGGCAACCCGCCCCCCGGCCGGCGACAUUCCCCCUCGGCAUGUCGAAGGAGGCGUUCAUCCUUGCUGCCGGCAUGGUCCGAAGGCUGAGGCUCGCCGAAGCCGCGGUGCCCCCGUUUCGCGCGAGACACCAGGAGGGCCUAGGAGCGAUCGGGGACGGGCAAGGGAAGGAGGGGAAUUUCGGUCGUGGCGAAGAGCAGAGGUUGGCGACGCUGAGGUUGGAGUCGCUGAGGAUGGAGUCAUGGGAGGGGGGGCAGCCGAUGGUGGAGGGUUUCCUGAAGAAGAGGAGGGAGACCGAUCGGUGGCUCAAGCGGUGGUGCCAGCUCAAGCGUUUCGCGCCGCCUGCAGGAGAAGCCGGACACACGGGCCCGGCCCUCUUCUACUUCAAGAAGAAGGCGGACGCCCUCCCUUCCAAGAUCAUCAUGCUGGACCACUGCCUUUUGAAAAAGUCCGACGACCUCGACUGCGCGUUCGAGCUGCACUCCCCUCUCAUGAUGGAGGGCAGGAACACAGAGGGCCGAUUAUACUUCCAGGCAAGCAACGAGGUGGAGCUUCAGCAGUGGCUGCUGGCCCUCAGAGCUCUGGUCAAGUUCUACGACUUCAAGAACGAAAAGAGACAAUUGCCGAUGGAGUACCUGCAUCAGGGCACGCGUGAGCGCCUGGUUCGGGCCACGAACAACCUCGGCGAAACUCCUCUCCACCUUGCGGUUGCGUUCGCGGGCCGCACGGGAAUGGGAGACAGAAGAGAAAGCGACAGCGGCUGUGACAAGCGCGAGGUCGGCAUCGCAGUACAGCGAGUCGCCACCUGGCUGCUUGAGAACGGUGCGAAUCCAAACGCCUGCGACGAGCAAGGGGAAACCCCGAUGCACUGCGUCAUGAGGGCAAAUAAUGUCGACGCAGCGCUAGCACUCCAGAAGGGGUACGGCAGCGUCAACCUUCCUCGCAAGACGGACUGGAAGACGCCGUUGGACCUUGCAUCGGAUAACGACGAGGUGUGGCAGCGUCUGAGGGACGGGGCACUCGUCGCCGCCAUCGCCCCAAAGCUAACGGUCGGGGAUUCGGCCGCCGACGCUGGCGGCACAUCGUGGGUGCACCCGGCCCCGGCUAAGCUUCUGGGCUUCACAUACAUCUCGGUUUUCCUAGAGACGCUGGUCGUGGCUUCCGCCGCGGACAUCGGGAAGCCCACCCUCACUGUGUCGGUUUUCAGCGCGAAGGGGAAGCUCGUCGAGUCAGCGCAGGAGUUCGACUCGCCCACGCUUUUUUCUUCGAUGUACCUGUGGUGGGGACGCACAUGGCACAUGCAAACCCCCUUGGAAACCUUGGGGCCCGGAAGCUCCAUGGUGUUCGAGCUGCGGGAUAUCCAGGGCGGGAGCAAGAAGGCCAUUUGUUGGGGAGCCUUGCCCUUGGAUCCGGACCACCUCAACACCCAGCCGGAGAAGCUUUCCACGUACCUGGCCCCGGUGGAUCCGGCGAGGCUGAUGGCUGUCGCGUUUGGCAGCGGCGGCAGGGGGGGCGGCCUCUGGCCGCUGCGGGCUGAUGCUGCGCUAACAGCGGACGUGGCCAACACUGACCGGAGGGCUCUCGAGACAAAUACGAGGACCGCGCCCAUCACGCUUUCGGUUUGUAUUUCGUGUCACCAUUCGUUGCAAGGUGCUACUGUAGACGCCUGGAUUUAUUUAUCAAAGGAGACCCACGUGAAGUGUACGGUACUGUAG